AUGGCUGCUUCUCGAAGCGAGAAGGACGUUGUGCAAACGACGAUCCACCUCGAAAAUGCCCUCUCCGGUCCCAAGACCAGCAUUAAAGAUGUUGAUGAAGCGUUCGCGUUCCUCAAGGAUCACCCUAAUGCGGAUGGCGUUACGCAGGAGGCCAUCGCGAUCCUCAGCACCGAAGAAGGCCGCAAGGCGUUGUUGAAGAAGAUUGAUUGGGCCAUCCUCCCGUGCAUGAUUCUGACUUACUUUCUGCAAUUUCUUGACAAGACCACGAUUGGCUAUACGGCUGUGAUGGGGUUGAGAGAGGAUCUGAGGCUUGAGGGGCAGGAGUAUAAUCAUGCCGCAAUGAUCUUCUAUAUUGCGUACUUGGCCGCCGAAUUCCCAACGCAAUACCUCAGCCAGCGCAUCUCACGCCUCGGCAAGUAUCUCGGCGUUAAUAUCGUCCUCUGGGGAAUCGCCCUUGCCGCACACGCUUCAUGCCAGAACUAUGCCGGGUUGAUGAUUUGUCGCGCAAUCCUGGGCAUAUUCGAGAGCUGUGUUACGCCGACCUUGGUGUUGGUCGUUUCAAUGUGGUAUAAGAAUGAGGAGAAAGGACGGCGGAUCUCCUAUGUCUACGUCUGCAACAGCCUGACCUCCAUCUUCGCCGGUCUGGUGUCCUGGGCGAUCUCCUUCUCCACUCACCGAGACUUUGCACCAUGGCGCGUCUUCUUCCUAACCAUUGGCCUUGUGACAAUUAUCGCUGGAGUCGUGGUAUUCAUGUACCUUCCCGACAGCCCAGUGAAAGCGAAGCGCUUCACGGAUGCGGAGAAGGUGGCGACGCUGCUUCGCAUCAAAGACAAUCAGUCCGGCACGCAGAACGCCAAGAUCAAGAAGGAACAGUUGAAGACUGUUCUCAAGGAUCCGGGCGUCUACCUCAUUGCGAUUUCUAUUGUAUGCCUGAGCGUGCCGACGGCAAUUGCCAACUUCUCAAGCAUAUUGUUAGCAACUUUCGGGUACACACCGCGCGAGGCGUUGAUUUUGAACAUCCCAGCUGGCGUUGUAGGUGCUGUCGCCAUCUUGACCAUGGGCUGGCUAUCGGAUAGGUGGGGUGACCGAACGCUGCCGAUGAUCUUUGCCAUAGUUCCCACCAUCGUGGCCUUCGCCAUGAUGAUAGGCCUGGACCCUAACGGGAUACCGAAAUCAAAAGGGGCUUUGCUGUUCGCGCUCUACAUGAGCAACACAUUCACUGCAUCUUUCAUGCUGCUGCUAACGUACAAUGCUUCGAACCUCGCCGGGCACACGAAGAAAGUCACAGUCAAUGCGCUUACGUUGACGCUCUACUGUGCGGGCAACGUCGCUGGCACCGAGGCCUUUAUCGCCACGGAGGCUCCUGCUUACACCUCUGGCAAAGCCGCAAUCAUGGCGACGCUGAUCCUGCAGGUUUUCGUGGCGUUAGUCAUGCGUUGGCGGAACACCAGGCUCAAUAAGGCAAAUGCUGAAGAGCGUGACCGCAUGAGAAAUGAGCUGGGCGAGGACGGAAUGGCGACAGAGCGCGAGAGGCUUGCGUGGGAGGACAAGACGGACAGGGAGAAUCCGUUCUUCGUUUAUACAAAGUAG